GCAUAUACUGGCCAAGCCCGGUAACACCGGCUCCGUGUGACGUACACAGUGAUGACGUUGAGGAGGCACCGAAGCCCCGCCCACAUACGCGGGUCAGGGGGUAACGUAGAACGGUCCGGUGACAUCACAUCUACCUCAUCGGGUUGCCACGCCUAGUGCCCCGUAAGUCCGGCAGCCUGAUCUCGGGGAGCGGCAUGACCAGGGACGGCAACGGCACCAUGAAGCGGGAGCUACUGCGGCACUCAGUCAGGGGCCAGCUCAAUAGUAUUUCACCAUUCUUGAAAGAGGAACUGGAGCAUAAUGAGUGACCGAUAUGGAAGGCCAAAUCACAUCAUUUCAAGUGAACACCCAGUAAAGUGGGACAUUGAAUUGAAUGCAAUUCAGUCUGACCAGUUCUUAUCGCUUUUGUUGAGCAUGGUUCCUUUAGUGUGCCAAAAAGGCCAGGAAGACAGGCUGAAGAAAGUCAAUGCAUCCUCACCGGCAGGACAUGGUUUUAACAUCCGACCUGACCAGCACCUUGAGUACCAUCACUUCUCCGAGCCAGGCUAUCUAGGAAAUGGCACACACUGCUCAAACAUUUGCAGUACAAGUUAUGACUAUGACAGUUAUGAUUACUGUGAUGGGAGGGAUGUAUCAGAAUCUGAAGCAAUGCUGCAAGACAGUCGGACACCUGGAGACGGGGACACGGACUCCCUGGUUGAGGGAAGUAAAAAGUUGCCAAAAGAAUCUAGCCUUACCAUGGCACUCCAAAUACUUGUGCCAUUCCUCCUAGCAGGGUUUGGAACAGUGUCUGCUGGAAUGGUUCUGGACAUUGUACAGCAUUGGGAAGUAUUUAAGAAUCUUACAGAAGUGUUCAUCCUGGUUCCUGCACUUCUAGGCCUUAAAGGAAACCUAGAAAUGACAUUAGCAUCUAGGCUCUCAACUGCAGUAAAUGUUGGGAAGAUGGAAUCCCCUAUUGAGAAGUGGAAUCUGAUUAUUGGUAAUCUAGCUUUAAAACAGGUACAAGCAACAGUGGUUGGGUUUUUGGCUGCUGUUGCAGCAGUUAUAUUAGGCUGGAUUCCAGAGGGCAAAUAUCGCCUUGACCAUGCAAUACUCCUGUGCUCCAGCAGUGUGGCUACUGCCUUCAUAGCAUCACUUCUUCAAGGUAUAAUUAUGGUAGGAGUGAUUGUUGGAUCGAAGAAAACAGGAAUAAAUCCAGACAAUGUUGCCACACCUAUUGCUGCCAGUUUUGGGGACCUUAUCACACUUGCCAUAUUGGCAUGGAUAAGCCAGGGCCUUUAUAGCUGCAUCGAUUCAUAUUCCUUUAUCUCCCCUUUGGUUGGAUCUUUCUUCCUGGCACUAACCCCAAUAUGGAUUGUGGUGGCUUCAAAACAUCCUGCAACAAGAAUUGUUCUGCACUCUGGCUGGGAGCCAGUCAUUACUGCGAUGCUCAUUAGCAGUGUUGGUGGCCUUAUACUUGACACAACUGUAUCCAACCCGAAUUUGGCUGGGAUUGUGGUUUACACACCUGUUAUAAACGGUAUUGGAGGAAACCUAGUAGCCAUACAGGCCAGCAGAAUUUCUACCUAUUUGCAUUUACACAGCAUUCCUGGAGAGCUGCCAGAGGAGACUACAGGGUGUUACCAUCCUUGUAGGACCUUUUGUGGAACAGGAGUGAAUAAGAAAUCGGCUCAAGUUCUUAUCUCCCUUGUCAUCCCUGGACACUUAAUUUUUUUAUACACCAUCUAUUUAAUGAAAAGUGGUCACACAUCCCUGACUCCUAUCUUUAUUGUGGUUUAUUUGUUGCCAGCUCUACUACAGGUAUUUGCUUUGCUGUGGAUCGCAGACUGGAUGGUGCAUCACAUUUGGAGGAAGGGAAAGGACCCAGACAGUUUUUCCAUUCCUUAUCUCACUGCAUUGGGAGAUCUCUUAGGAACUGCUUUACUUGCCAUCAGUUUCCAUGUUCUUUGGCUUAUUGGGGACAGAGAUGGGGAUGUUGGAGACUGACACAUUUUGGAAACACAACCUCAUGCUGUGGAGAUUCCACUGCUUGCAAAAUGAUUCCUGAAAAGCCUAGGAACAUAAAAUAAAUGCAAAUCCAAUUAAACAAGAGAAGAUAAUUGUAUUUAAAGUUUUAGAAUAUAUAAUAUUGUUUCUACAAAAUGAUAUUAAUGAAUGGCUUUCAUGAUUGAUAGGUAAUGGGGGAAUUGUGUAUUUGCCAAAUGCACUUUACAAUGCACGUUUUAAGGCUUUAUAAUUUAAUUUUGUAAAUUUUUGUGUUGCCUUUUUUCUGGUUCAAGGUUAUGUUUCUUUAUUUCAUGUUAGUUUUUUUUAGUUUUUUUAAAUAAAUAAACGUUAAUAGCAUUAGUGAUGAGGUACUUCUUAAUUUUAUUAUUAGUUUUUUUCAUUACAAAUUUGUUUGACUUUUUCAAUUGUAUGUGUUUGCAUUUAGUAAAUUAUAGUUUGUUAUUUUAGGGCAUAUGCAUCUCUUGGUUGUAAAAGCCACCUAUGCUUAGUGUAGGCUUAUGUUGCAAGUUUAUUGUUCACAAAAUGUUUAGCCAAAUCAAAUGUUGCAGAUCUUUCAGUAAGUUGUAGUUACACUCAACAGUGUACAAUUUCAGCAAAUUAAUAUAUUUCCAAAUAAUCUAUAUUUUGUACAUAAACAUUUAUUAAGUUCCAGUGCAUUUGCCAUUAAAGUGUUAUUAAGUUUAGAUUUACAUUUCCUACAAAAGAGCCUCAGGGGGAAAAGUUUAUUGUGUGAAGUAUUUUGUGACUAGAUCUUGUUAUGUGAAAAUAAUCAGUACUUGGGAAACAUAUACAAGGGGGUUAUUUUGCUUCUAUGGUACGUGGGGUAAAAAAAAAGGACCAUGGCAUUGAGAUACAGCAAAGGUCCUGACACUAAAAUACAAUAAAAAUGGGGACAAAUGUAAUUGCUUCCGAUUUGUCUAAAGUGACAAUUUUUCAAAAAUGUUGCCACAGGAUUUAAAGGGGCCAAUUUUUAAAUUAUUUGUCCUAUAGUGUGAAAAGUGAGUUUUAAUUAAUUUUCCAAAACAUAUGGUUCAAGGGUGAAAGCAAGUAAUGUUGCAUGGUAGAGUUUGUUUCAUACUAUAGGGAAGAUAGGAACAACUGCGUUUUGCAUAAAUUCUGUACACAUUUAUCUUUAUUUUUUUUAAUUCUCUUAAAUUUAAAUUGUUUGAAAAUGUUUACUUGAGAAUAUUUAGUGUCAAAUGGUAUUACGUUUACUGUCCUACAAAUAUCUUUAUAAUUUGCUAGCUGGUAUAUUGACUGAACAUUAAAACUUGACAGACAGGGGUAGGGGUUGAGACUUUUAUUACUUAAUUUGGUGGAACAGAUAACUGUUAUAAUCAGACUAUUACUACACAGAAAUAAGACCGAAUUAUACCAAUAAAGUUCUGUGACCACAUUCA